CGCGCUAGUGGCUAUUUAUUGAACGCUUCUUGGUAAUAAGAGUCGGGGAGAUCUUAAGAAUUUAUGGAAGAUAUUCUGGAGGAGAGAAAUGUAAACGACGUUAAUUUCGAUAUCAAGGAUAAUUCGCACGUUUAAUGUUUGAUGAUUAAUUUUGGAGGGAGAGCCAAUCGAGAGGAUCACCUGCAGUGAAGCUUCGGGAUAAGAAUUUCCUAUUUAUUGAAGCACCGUUGAUUGCAACACAUCCAUCCAAAUGGCUUCCGAACAGAAGGAGAGGCCAGGCCUAUGUUCUCGGAUCCGCGAAGCGCUCCGGAGCGUGACGGUGGAGCCGCUGAUGCUGCUGGACGGCGUGGCCUUCUCCAGCAUGCACGUGUACAUAGAGAACCUGCAGAUGGAGCGCGUGUGCCGCGUCUCCGCCGGCCUCGGCGCCGAGGUGUGCGGCGCCCUCAAGGCGCACCCGCAGGCCAGCGUGGAGGUGCAGCGGCGCUUCAGCGUGUUCGCCUUCUACAACGGCGUGAUCGCGGCGGCGCUGCCCCUCUUCUUCAUCCUGUUCAUGGGCGCCUGGAGCGACAAGUACGGGCGCAAGGUGCCGCUGGCGGCGGUGCAGCUGGGCCACUGCCUGCACGCGGCCGGCUACCUGCUGGUGGCGCUGGCGCCGUCGUGGCCCCCCGAGAUCCUCCUGCUGGUGACGCUGCUGGACACUCUGGGGGGCGGCGCCGUGUCCUUCCUGACGGCCGCCAACGCCUACGUGGGCGACGUGUCGAGCGAGGAGGCGCGCACGUCGAGGGUCGGUCUGGCCAACAGCCUGUGGUUCCUGGGCGGCCCCAUCGGCACGCUGAUGGGCACCUACAUCUACUCGUACGGCGGCUACCUGUACCUGUUCGCGACGUCGCUGGCGCUGUCGGCGCUGGCGGUGACCUACGUGAUCGUGUUCCUGCCGGAGAGCCACGGGCCCUUCGCCAGGCGGCCCGCGGCGCAGAGUCCCCCGCCGAAGGAGCUGGAGGCGACGGAGAGCGAGGUCGACGGGCGGGGGGCGAGGCCCGCCGCCGCCGCAGACGCCGCCGAGGCAGGGGCGACCGCUGCCCAGAUGGCCAGGGACUUCUUCAGCCCCCGCCGGAUCGUCGACAGCUUCAGGUCGACCCUGAGGCGGCGGGAAGGGAACACGAGGGCCCUCAUCCUCGUGCUGAUCUUCACCAGCCUCCUCAGAAGGGUGACGCGCUCACCCUACGUGUUUGCUUUCACACGCCACGUGUUGGGUUGGGAAGCCGUCGAUUACAGCCUCUGGGUCACCUACAAGAACUUAAUUGCUACUACAGGGUCCCUAGUUGCCGUGCCCCUGCUGAGUGGACGCCUAGGAGUGUCUGACAACGUGCUGGCGAUGGUGGGGGCCACGUCGGGCAUCGUCGAAUAUACCACGUACGGCUUCGUCUCCGAAGAACAGCCUCUCCUCAUCUGGAUUGCACCUAGCGCAGCGCUCCUCCUGAACUCCUGCACCAUCGCCCAGCGCUCUAUGCUGACGAAGUUCGUCCCGAGCGAUGAAGUCGGCAAAGUGUCCGCUGUCCUGGGCGCCCUGGACGGCCUGAUGCCCAUGGUGAACUCCGCCCUCUACACCGCCGUCUACCACGCCACCGUCAGCGUGUUCCCGGCGGCGCAUUUCUUCCUCGGGGCCUCAGCGAGUGCUCUUAUGAUGGUCUUCUUCUGCAUCAUCAUCACGAGUGACAAGUCUCGAGAGUAUGACGUGGAGAGCGCCAAGGCCGCCGACCCUUCAGGACCCGUCAUCAACAAGACAUUCGUCAGGAGGACCGACUCCCGCUGGCUUGCUACCGACGGAGGUGCUCUGCCUGACUUGCCGCUCGAAGCUGUUCCUCGCAGACCAAGCAUGAAGGAGAGUCACCUGAUCUGCAUCGUGGAGAAGCAGCAGCAGCAGGUGAACUAUCGGCCAGGUGAAGGCAAGGAAACACGGGAGAACGAAGCCCCACUCAGUCUGCCCAAGAAGGUCACACAUGCGAUCAAAUCGCUUGCCAAGAAGGUUUUCAGGUCCUAAGGAGGAUGGGAUUCCCUUCAUGCGAUUGUCUCCUUCGUCAUCUUGGAAUUUCUGCAUCAGACUCUGCGAACAUUCCUUCGCAAAAUUGCUGUGUCUGAAGUCGUUAUCGAACGGUGAGCAAUUCUUGCGAUGUCUUCUUCAUGAACUUAUAAUUCCACGUAAUUUAUAAGUUAUAUGCGAUUGGGAUUUAGUCCUUUGUCACUCAAGAGCUAGAUCCUCGCUACUUAUUGUGAUACUUAUUGUGAUAUAUUCCCAAAGGGAAUUUUGUAAGUAGGUUCUGAUACCAUGAAUCCUUAGGCGUCUCUCUGUGAUAUGUAAAUCGUCUCUUAUUUAAUACUCGAAUUAUGUUUGUAUUUAUUUAAUACUUUAUUUAUGGCUGU